UGACACUUAGGCUUUUGUACGGCGUCAAUUUGACGUUGACGAUUCUUUAAGUUCAUCGUCUCCCAGUGGCAUUACACGCGUUUAGUCGUUACUCAUAUAAACGCAACGAUGUCGGGAGGAUUAGAUCUGUUGACCCUCAACGAGGAAGAUGUCACCAAAAUGCUUGCAGCAACAACCCACCUCGGGGCUGAAAAUGUUCACUUUCAGAUGGAAACAUAUGUAUACAAACGGCGUGCUGAUGGAACUCACGUGAUCAACCUGCGUCGUACAUGGGAGAAGCUUGUUUUAGCUGCCCGGGCUGUUGUAGCUAUUGAAAACCCGGCCGAUAUAUUCGUGAUCUCAUCACGACCAUUUGGGCAGAGAGCAGUUCUUAAAUUUGCUGCCCACACUGGUGCUACUCCCAUUGCUGGAAGAUUUACGCCUGGUGCCUUCACUAACCAGAUCCAAGCAGCUUUCCGAGAGCCUCGUUUGUUAAUUGUUCUUGAUCCAGCACAAGACCACCAGCCAAUUACAGAAGCAUCAUAUGUCAAUAUUCCAGUUAUUGCAUUCUGUAACACUGAUUCACCAUUGAGAUUUGUUGACAUUGCCAUUCCUUGCAAUACCAAAUCAUCCCACUCUAUUGGUUUGAUGUGGUGGUUGCUUUCCCGUGAAGUAUUGCGCCUACGUGGGGUUCUCGCCAGAGACCAGAAAUGGGAUGUUGUUGUAGAUCUAUUCUUCUACCGUGACCCUGAAGAGAGUGAGAAGGAGGAACAGCAGGCUAAGGAGCAGGCGGUUGUUGCACCUAAGCCUGAAGUGGCCCCAGCGCCGAUGCACGAGGAUUGGAAUGAGCCUGCUGAGCCAGUACCCUCAUGGACUGAGGAAGCUGCACCUGUUGCUGGUGCACCCGCAUUUGGUGCUCCAGCUGCCGCCGACGACUGGGCUGCUCAGGUUCAAGAGGAGUUGGGCACUGCUGCUCCCGCGGCCGUUGUCCCCGCCACACCGUCGUGGGGAGGGUCGUCCCAGGACUGGGCCGCCUCAUAGAUGAUUGUUGACAAUCGAUAAUAAACAAUGCAACAAACUA